AUGGCACUCCGCGCAGUUUCUCUCCAGAUGGACAGUCGCGAAGUCCAAGCGGGUGCACCCCUCGAUAACGCAGAGAUUGAAGACUUCACUUUCCAAACACUGACACUUUCGCGAAAGCGAGCUCUUAUAACCCGUAGCACAAGCUGUUUGCUCAAGAAGAACAGCCGUUUGCCUAACAAUACAGACAACGUGGGCAGUAAUCUUCAAGAUAGACGUCGACCCAAUCACUAUCGCAAUCAGGGUACUGGUCACAGUUAUUGGAAGAUUCUGAUUCUAAAUGCAUGCACUUGUAGUAGGGUAGAGAGCGAGGUUCUUCUACCUAAAGUAUUGCAGGUGGCGUUUUACUUUUCGGGGAAUGGAGAAGUGGACAUAGACAAGGGGGAAAACAGAAUGAUCACCCAAGGCAGAAUACCGAGUAAAACUGAAAGCCGUGACAAAGGGCGUGACCACGAUGCGCAAGAGACACGUAGUGAUUCGGCCCUAGCAUCGCCAGUACCCUACCUUAGUAGCCAGCCCUGUUUGGGUCUUCUGUAUAACUACGAUUAUCUAUUCCAAGUACAUUUGAAUGCUGAGCCCCGAUCACUGGGAGCCUGCGGGAUCGGCUAA